UUGUCUUUCCUUCUUGGAUUUCCACCACUUCCCUGAACCCACGAGCUGGAAGCUGAGACCAGCUGGUCACUGCUGGGCCUGCUAGGAGCCCACAGGGAAGCUGCCCACAGCCAGACACCAGAGCCUCAAAGGCCGCCAUCUUGAAAAACCAACCCUGACCUCCACAAUGAUUGAUUUUCAAAUGUUGAACCAGCUUUGCGGAACUAUAAUAAACCCAAGUGUGGGACCAGUGACUUUCGAGGAUGUGGCUGUGCUUUUCACUGAGGCAGAGUGGAAGAGACUGAGCCUUGAGCAGAGGAACCUAUACAAAGAAGUGAUGCUGGAAAAUCUCAGGAAUCUGGUCUCGUUGGAAUCAAAGCCAGAAGUCCAUACCUGCCCUUGUUGCCCUCUGGCCUUUGGCAGUCCGCAAUUCCUCAGCCAAGAUGAGCUACACAAUCAUCCUAUUCCAGGUUUCCAUGCAGGAAAUCAACUCCACCCAGGAAAUCCCUGCCCAGAGGAUCAGCCACAGUCACAACGUCCUUCUGAUAAAAAUCACAGGGGGGCUGAAGCAGAAGAUCAACGAGUGGAAGGAGGCGUCAGACCCUUGUUUUGGAGUACAAAUGAGAGGGGGGCUUUAGUGGGUUUCUCUAGCCUGUUCCAGAGACCACCAAUAAGCUCUUGGGGAGGCAACAGAAUAUUAGAGAUACAGCUCAGUCCAGCCCAGAAUGCAAGCUCUGAGGAAGUAGACAGAAUUUCCAAGAGGGCAGAAACCCCAGGGUUUGGAGCAGUCAGGUUUGGGGAGUGUGCACUAGCUUUUAACCAGAAGUCAAACCUGUUCAGACAGAAGGCAGUCACAGCAGAAAAAUCUUCAGACAAAAGGCAGUCACAGGUGUGCAGGGAGUGUGGGCGAGGCUUUAGCAGGAAGUCACAGCUCAUCAUACACCAGAGGACACACACAGGAGAAAAGCCUUAUGUCUGCGGAGAGUGUGGGCGAGGCUUUAUAGUUGAGUCAGUCCUCCGCAACCACCUGAGUACACACUCCGGGGAGAAACCUUAUGUGUGCAGCCAUUGUGGGCGAGGCUUUAGCUGCAAGCCAUACCUCAUCAGACAUCAGAGGACACACACAAGGGAGAAGUCAUUUAUGUGCACAGUGUGUGGGCGAGGCUUUCGUGAAAAGUCAGAGCUCAUUAAGCACCAGAGAAUUCACACGGGGGAUAAGCCUUAUGUGUGCAGGGAUUGUGGCCGAGGCUUUGUAAGGAGAUCAUGUCUCAACGCACACCAGAGGAUACAUUCAGAUGAGAAGCCUUUUGUUUGCAGAGAGUGUGGGCGAGGCUUUCGUGCUAAAUCAACUCUCCUCCUACACCAGUGGACACAUUCAGAGGUGAAACCUCAUGUGUGUGAGGAGUGUGGGCAUGGAUUUAGCCAGAAGUCGUCGCUCAAAUCACAUCGGAGAACACACUCAGGGGAGAAGCCUUAUGUGUGUGGGGAAUGUGGGCGGGGAUUUAGCCGGAGGAUAGUCCUCAAUGGACACUGGAGGACACACACGGGAGAGAAGCCUUACACGUGCUUUGAGUGUGGGCGAAACUUUAGCCUCAAGUCCGCUCUUAGUGUACAUCAGAGGAUACACUCUGGGGAGAAGCCUUAUGCAUGCAUGGAGUGUGGGCAAGGCUUUAUCACGAAAUCACAGCUCAUCAGACACCAGAGGACACACACAGGAGAAAAGCCUUAUGUCUGCGGAGAGUGUGGGCGAGGCUUUAUAGCUCAGUCAACCCUCCACUACCACCGGAGUACACACUCCAAGGAAAAACCUUAUGUGUGCAGCCAGUGUGGUCGAGGCUUUUGUGAUAAAUCAACUCUCCUCGCACACGAGCAGACACAUUCAGGGGAGAAGCCUUAUGUGUGUGGGGAAUGUGGGCGGGGAUUUGGCCGGAAGAUACUCCUCAACAGACACUGGAGGACACACACAGGAGAGAAACCUUACGCGUGCAUCGAGUGUGGGCGAAACUUUAGCCACAAGUCCACUCUCAGCUUACAUCAGAGGAUACACUCGGGGGAGAAGCCUUAUGCAUGCGUGGAGUGUGGGCGAAGCUUUAGGAGAAAGUCACAGCUCAUCAUACACCAGAAGAUACACUCGGGGAAAAGCUUUAGAGGUGCAAGGAGUGAGGAUGUGAUUUUAGCAACAAGUCAGCCAUCAGCCACACCAGCGGAAAUGCUUAGGGAGAAGCCUUGUUUGUAAGGUAAUGUGGACAGAGCUGUACGUGGACAUCAUUACUUGUCACGUGUCAGAGGACACACUCGGGAGAAACCUUCAUGGAGUGAGAGUAAGGUGUUGGCUGGAAGUGGCCCCUUAAGAGAUACUUGGAGUCAAAUCUAUCCACUGUACGCCCACCCCACUCUUGUUCUAAGAGCUUUGGGGACAGUCUUUUGACCCCUUACAUUCCUUUAGAUGUGAAGAUGACAGAGAUCUAACUUCUGAGAGCAGAGGUGUCAAGUGAUGGUCCCCUUGGAGGAAUGGUCUUUGCAUCUGACUACUUCCUUCUUCAACUGUGUUCUUCCAUUAGCUUCCAUGACACUCUCCUGCUUUAUUUUUUUCUACAUCUCUAGCCUUUGCUGUUUCCUCUCCUACCCCACCUUUAGAUUUUACUCAGAGUUCAGUCUCCAGCCCUACAAUCUGAGGGACACCUUUACCAGGUCCCCUUCCUAACCCUCCAAAUCCAAGAUUCUUUAACCACACUCUAAAAGUUCUUCAGACUCAGGACUUAAACAUAGCCACGCCACCUUGGCCUUCAAUGACAGGGAUCUAGCAAUGCCACAUCAUCAGCCUUCCAAUGCCAGGUUUAAGGGUUUUUUAAACACAGCUCCUCUUAAAUCCUCCAAUCUCAGUACCCAGUGUUUUAGCCAUGCUCGGGUGGCUAAAUUACGUCCAGGAAUGGUGCCAGGGCCUUUAGCCAUUUGUCUCUCCUCACACUCCAGGGCCCAUAUGGCCCAGGUUCUGACAGUUUGCCUUACUCCCUUGGCCUGGGGCUAGCCCUACCUGAUACCCUGUGUCAAUGAGUGUACCUUGGAGAGCUAUCCACUCAGGCCCCAGUGCCUCUAUUUGCUAAGGGACUCUGCCACAGAAAAGAAGGGGAGAGAUGUUCAUGUAACCUCAAAAUACUUAGGCUUGGUUUUGAUGCUAGAGAGGAAGAAGGACUUGGAGAGAGAGAAGGAAUGGCUGGUCCAGAGGCUUUUGUCCACUCCCUCUCACUGGAAGUGGUUCAUCUCCAGGGAAUCCCCAAGGUUAGCCUGCUUAGGGGAAGGGCUAGGGGUACCUGGAAUGUAGGAUCUCCCCCCUGACUGGCCUACCACCCUAAUGUGUCCGGAAUUGGUGGGUUCUUGGUCUUGCUGACUUCAAGAAUGAAGCCGUGGACCCUCACGGUGAGUGUUACAAUUCUUAAACAUGGUGUGUCUGGAGUUUGUUCCUUCUGAUGUUCGGAUGUGUCCAGAGUUUCUAACUUCUGGUGGGUUUGUGGUCUCGCUUCAGGAGUGAAGCUGCAGACCUUAGCGGUGUUACGGCUCUUAAAGGCGGCGCAUCUGGAGUUGUUAGUUCCUUCCGGUGGGUUCGUGGUCUUGCUGGCUUCAGGAGUGAAGCUGCGGACCUUUGCGGUGAGUGUUACAGCUCUUAAAGGUGGCGCGGACCCAAAGAGUGACCAGCAGGAAGAUUUAUUGUGAAGAGUGAAAAAACAAAGCUUCCACAGCAUGGAAGGGGACCUGAGUGGCUUGCCGCUGCUGGCUCGGGUGGCCUGCUUUUAUCCCCUUAUCCGGCCCCACCCACAUCCUGCUGAUUGGUCCAUUUUACAGAGAGCAUAUUGGUCCGUUUUGACAGGGUGCUGAUUGGUGCAUUUACAAUCCCUGAGCUAGACACAGAGUGCUGAUUGGUGCAUUUACAAGCCUCUAGCUAGACAUAAAAAUUUUCCAAGUCCCCACUAGAUUAGCUAGACACAGAGCACCGAUGGGUGCGUUUACAAACCUUUAGCUAGACACAGUGCUGAUUGGUGCGUUUACAAUCCUUUAGCUAGACACAAGUUCUCCAAGUCCCCGCUAGAUUAGCUAGACACAGAGCACUGAUUGGUGCGUUUACAAACCUUGAGCUAGACACAGAGUGCUGAUUGGUGCAUUUACAAUCCUCUAGCUAGACAUAAAAGUUUUCCAAGUCCCCACCAGGUUAGUUAGAUACAGAGUGCUGAUUGGUGCAUCCACAAACCCCGAGCUAGACAGAGAGUGCUGCUUGGCGCAUAUACAAUCCUCCAGCUAGACAUAAAAGUUCUCCAAGACCCCACCCAACUCAGGAGCCCAGUUGACUUCCGCUAGUGGAUCCCGCACUGGGGCUGUGGGUGGAGCUGCCUGCUAGUCCUGCGCCUCACGCCUGCACACCUCAGCCCUUGGGCGGUCAAUGGGACGGGCAGCGCCUGUCAGGGAGUCUCGGGCUGCAUGCGAGCCCAUGGUGGUCGGGGGUGGCUUGGGCAUGGCAGGCCGCAGGUCCCGAGCCCUGCCCCAUGGGGAGGCGGCUGAGGCCCGGUGAGAAUUCAAGUGCGGCGUGGACAGGCUGUCAGUGCUGAGGGACCCGGUGCACCCUCUGCAGCUGCUGGCCCGGGUGCUAAGCCCCUUAAUGCCUGGGGCCUGUGGUGCCAGCCGGCCGCUCCGAGUGUGGGGGCCCCCGAGCCUGCGCCCACCCGGAACUCAUGCUGGCCUGCGAGCCCCAUGUGCAGCCCUGGUUCCCGCCUGCGCCUCUCCCUCCACACCUCUCUGCCAGCCAAGGGAGCCGGCUCCGGCCUUGACCAACCCAGAGAGGGGCUCCCACAGUGCAGCGGCUGGCUAAAGGGCUCCUCAAGCGUGGCCAGAGCGGACGCUGAGGCUGGGGAGGCGCUGAGAGUGAGCGAGGGCUGCUAACACGUUGUCACCUCUCACUAAUGCUGCCCCUUUCCCAUGGCCUGAGCUAAAAGCCAUAGAAAGUGUGUGUAUGUGUGUGUGUUUAGGGGUUGCUGGGCAGGGGAAGGGUGGGACACCAUCAUUCCACAAGACCUCGAAGUUACUCCUCCCAUAGAAAAAUGAAAGUGGAAAAAUUAGUGAUCAUACAUCUACUUUAAACAUGAGAGGGAGAAAAAAGUGUUCAUUUUCUAUUAAAAUCCAUGUAGGCACUGUCGAGACACCACACAGAUCUGGUCCGGCAAGAGGACUGUCAGGUCCAGGCAGUCAUAGGAAGAGAUUGUAAGCUGCAGUAAAUCUGAGUCUCUCUUCAAAGGGUUUAGCCUGCUAACUUCCUUAUCCUUGUUCUCAAAUUCAACUUUCUUGUUCUUCCUUACCCCUAGUUACUGUAAACAGCCUACCCCAUUCUCGUCAGCUUUAAUCAAUAAUUCACAUCUGUUCCCUUGGUUACCUGUACCCAUUGUUCCCCCGAAACUGCACGCCUCACACUCCACCUCUGUAACUCAUGUCCCCCUCCCCUUCUAUAUUUAGGAAAAUAUGUACAAGUGGCCAAUUGGGUCAGCUCAGAUUGUGCAGUCUGACCCCAGCCCAUGGGGGAAUGACACAGAGAUAGGGACUGUGUUACGGAUAAAAAUCCCCUGGUCUCCUUUGUUCUCUGUGCUCUUGUGAUCUUGAUUGACACAAGUGGCACCGUUCUGCAGAAGUAAAUUACCUUGCUGAGAGAAAUUAAA